AUGGCCGACAACAGGCCUCGUCCGGUAGCUCGACCGGGUGCGGCCUCGACAGCAUCGGCAUCAACAUCGGCAUCAACAUCGGCGUCUGGAGGACCCCUGGCACCGCCGCCGCCGCCACCGCCGCCUCCACCACCUCCCAUCUCCGGGCCCCUGUUUGGCACGCGCGACCCCGUCUUCCGGCCAUGGCCGCUGCCGUCGAAGCAGCCGACCAAUAUUGGCGAGUUUGUGCAGCGGCUGAAGUUCCAGGGGAUCGACUUUCGCGAUUUGUCGGAGGAGAAGCUGAGGAAGCAGAUUGAAAAAGAAAAGGCCGAGGAGGACGAGGAAGAAGAAGAAAAGAACGGGGGAGGCACCACAAAGACGGCAGUGACGACAAAAAGGAAGAGCAGCGACAAGAACGGUGCCAAACGCGACACGUCGCACGACCGGCCACGAAGCAUUCAGGAGAUGCUCGCGAAGCGCGACGAGAUCCUCAUGUCGUUGGAAGCCGCCCUGCAGAGCGGAUUGAUUGCAGUCGACUUUGUCUCCCUCCUCCUGUCCAAAGACCGCCCGACGCAGGCGCUGCAGACGCUGUCGCCCAUCGUCCGCGACAAGGCUGGCAUUGGCACCCUGAGCGCCGGCCGCAUCGCCAAUGCCGCCCAGGCUGCGCGCGCCUUGCAGAGCCAGAACGGCGGCGGAGGCGGUGGGCGCGGUGGCGCCUCGGGUCUGUCCGCGGCCGAGGUGCAGGCGCUCGACGAGACGACGCGUUUCAACGCGCAGCGGCUGAUUGAGCACAAGACGGAGUGCGUGGGGUGGCAACUGCUGGCCAUGGACCGGGCGUCCGACGUGUUGCGAGCCGGCCGCAAGCGGCUGCGAACCGAGAUGCGGCGCGAAGAAAGGUACUGGUCCGAGGUGCUGGCGGUGCGUGAUAAAGGGUGGACCCUGUCGCGCAUGCCGGGCCAGCGGCGCGUGCUGCGCGUCAAGUUUGGUUUCAGCGAAUCCGCGCCGGACCUGCGCGCGCUCAGUUUUGCGCCGCUGCGGCGGGUCAAGAACGGGCAGGUGGCGCUCGACCUGAGCGCGCUGGGUGCGCCGUCGGCGAUUGUCGUGACUCUGCGAAAAAAGGGAGCAUUGACGACCCACCAGGGUCCCGCUCAGGUUGGCCGCUCGCCGCUGGCAACACGACUGGCGGCGUCGGCGUCGCUCGAGGACCGCAUCCUCGAGGCACGCAACACGGUCAACGCCAAGGAGCUGUGGCGGGAGCUCAAUCGCGAGGCUCGCCUGAUGCUCUCGCACGGCGUCGUGUUCCGGGACGCGGAAAUUGUGUUCCCGGCCGGCGCCAACAUCGAGGGCGUCAUUACCAUCGAGCCGCUGUACCAUCGGCCGUCGGCCCACACGUCGGCCGCCGAGAAGAAGAAGCGGGAGGCCGAAGCAACGCACGACCCCAAACUCAACGACAUCGCGGCGGGCAUUUGCACGUCGCUGCAGCUGUUCCUCGCGCACGGUCACCGCGACCACUACCGGCAGCGGUCCUCGCCACAGCCCAUCACCGACACGGAACCCCAGCCGCCCAUCUACUAUAUGCUGCGACCGAUCGUGGCCAACCUCAAGUAUGAAAAGGCCAUUCAGCACAUCUCGGGCUACCUCUCUGAUGUGUGCGGCAUCCUGCACGGUCUGGGAUUGGACGGGUCGCGCUUCACCCUCUAUGAGCGGCCGUUGUCGAUGAGCAUUGCGCCACCAGGGACUGCUGCACCGCGGCCUGGACAGGCUGGACAGGCUGGACAAGGUGGUCAGCCGGCCCAGGCGGCGCCGUCUGCGUCGGAAGGCUUGUGCAAUACAUUCCUGGCGCCGCGCGAGUUCUCGUUUGAGUUCACCAUCAACCCAGAGGUGCGCAUCCUCGUGCGCUGCCGCACGACGGUCGUGCCGCUCAAGGCACAGUACCUCAUCCAGCUGCUGCCGCCAUCGUCACCAGCGGCGACCGCGAGUCCCCUCGCACCACCCGCCCCGCCGGCGGCCCGCAACCCGCUUUUCGAUACGUUCCCGCCCGCCGACAACUACGGCACACUGCGCGACGUGCUCGACUACCUGAGCCGGGCCACGGCGCACGUGCUGGCGGCGCACGCGCGCAAGCUGGCGCGGCAGUGGGAGGACCGGUCCGGGAUGGGGACGGCGUGGGCGACGUCGGUGGACGGCAUGGAGAUCCGGCAGCUCAACAAUGCCUUCUGGAAGGUGCGGUUUAGCCUGGUGCCGCAGUCGGCCAUCACGGCGCUCGACAAGCUUGUGGCGGUGUCUGAGAAAGGCGGUGGUGCUCCCGCCAAGGAGGAGCCUGUGCCUUUCUCGAUUGAAAACGACGAAGACGACUAUGUCGACGAGACUGCGCAGGUGGCCGCGGCCGUGGCCGCGGCAGACUUGGGCGGUGACGAUGAUAGUGACGACGAUGGCACCGACAAUGGCACCGACAACGUCGUCCUUGACGAUGCGACCCAGGACAGAGAGAACGCGCGCAAUGUGGACAGUCCGCUAGCGCGGCCCAGCCCGCCCGAGCUGCGUGUGUACGCGUCGUGGCCCAUGGAAGAGUCCGAGUCGGCCGUGUACCGCAAAUGGGUCUGGAGCAGUGCGAGCCUCGAGGCACACGCGGCCGGCACGCCCGACGAUUUGGAGUCUGUUGUCGUGGGUUGCGUCAGUGGCAAUCUGAAGCCUAUCGUUGGCAUCAGGUUAAGAUAG